AGUGCACCUUGGUACAGCCCAAGCGCUAAUGUCGAGCCUCGAGAUAGAGCGCGAGCGCAAGGGGAUGUAGUCGGAGCAAGUCGGAGAUUUGUCAUUGAUCCAGUCGGAUGCUGCGCGUAGAAGUUACCCCCGCCAUGAGAACAAUCAAGUUUCAUCCUAACAUUUCUGCUGUUAAUGUUCUAUUCUACAAAAUGCUUCAAAUGUAGCGACUCGCCGUUCUCUCUCUCUCUUUAUCAGAAGACUGCUUCGUAACAGUUCCAUAUUCAUGUAACCCAGUUUCGUUCGUUCAAAAAUGAUGGCUCUUGUCUCAUGUUCGCACGCGUGGUUUUUCCCCUGUCAGUACGUUCGCACGUGGGUCGCGAGUGAUUUCCGCGAAGAUGCCUUUGCGCGUCAGCGUCACCGACGUAUCGAUCCCACUGUAAAUUUCCAGUUAGUAGCAACCCUCCACCAGUCUGCGUGCGCACCCUACUCGUGUUCACCCCGAGAGAGUCUCAGUCUGUAUUACAAAGUCGGAAGAAGCAGGAAGAAGUUUGCUUUGGCAGCCAAACAGGAAGACGCUGAUCGUUGACUGUUAAUACAUUUCUAAUUUUCGAGUUCAAGUUUAUCAAGCCCAUCUUUGAAAAUUAAAUCAAGAAACACCGAGGCCCUCCUCACCGAGGAGCUUACGGUACAACCAAAGAGAAAGAAAGACACAAGGAUUGUAUUAUCGUAACAGCGCCCCUACGACAGGUUGACAUCGCGUCCAGAUAAAAACAGAUACCAUUCUCCAGUCAGUGGAGAAGCAGACAAGAAGGUGAACACCAGGUGGUGAGAGAGAGAGAGAGAGAGAGAGAGCGAGCGAGAAAAGAGCUUGAAAAGUCGUCGGACGACCAGAGAUCAAUUCGAAUAAAUCACGCGCGACCAACAAAGCAACAUAAUCCAAUGUAUUACGGUCCCCCCGGUUCCGCCGAGGAAGCCGCCGAGGAAACAUGUCGCUACCAAGGGAAUGGAGCUUUCAGGACGCGUGUCGGGCGUCGAACCUGUUGGCCGACGCCGUCGACGUCGGCGUCCCUACGGCAACGUCUCAGGAGAUGUCGGCUGUCAAUGGCAGCAACCUCAUCGAUGAGAAUAUGAAUGAUCAGCCGGCGACUCAGCUGGGCUCGCUGUUCUCCAUCCACUCGGCGCCGGUGUUCGAUCUGAGCGGCAGCGUCGCCACCGGGGCGCCGUCACCGAAACGGCCGGCGUCCUUGGCGGUGCAGGCGACGGCGACGUCGACGCCAAUCGUACCACCGCACCUGCAGAGCCCCGAGGGCACCGUCCUCGAGGACGAGGACAAUGACAACCUGCUGACGAUCUCCAGCCUCACUGCCCGGCCGCUCAUCGCCAAAUCCAGGGAGCUCAGAUCCGCCAGGUAUACGGCCCCAAAAAGGAGAAAAUCCCGGCAGAAGAACGAGAGCAGGAAACCACGGAACAUCACGUACGUCCCGCUGGACGGCGGUUACGGUUGGGUGGUGGUGUUCGGCGCCUUUUUCGUGCAGUUCUGGGUGGCCGGGCUGGUCAAGUCCUACGGCGUCCUGUACGUCGAGGUCAUGGAGACCUUCAAGGACUCAUCCGCCUCGGUCGCGUCCUGGAUACCAGCGAUUCUGACGUGCCUAUGUCUAGCGCUUGCUCCGGUGACGAGUAUGCUCUGCCAGAAGUACAGCUGUCGAACGGUGGUCUUUGUGGGUGGACUUUUCUGUGCUCUAGGACUUACAACUAGUUACUUUGCCACGCGAUUGAUACACCUCUUUUUUACAUUUGGAGUGCUGACAGGUAUCGGCGGUGGUUUGUCAACGACGCCUGGUAUAAUCCUGGUGUCGCAGUAUUUCGACAAGCAUCGCGCCCUGGCGAAUGGGAUCUGCGUGUCUGGCACUGCCGCGGGUAGUUUUGUAUUCCCGCUUCUGAUCGAAUUUCUGGUGAAGGACUUCGGCUUUCACGGCACAAUACUACUAUUAGGCGGGUGUAUGCUGCACGUAUGCGUCAGUGCGACUCUGUAUCGACCACUGGACGAAAAUUAUGUCCCUGAGGAAGACGUAACGGUGAAGAAGAUCGAAAACGAACUGAAAGAACAGGAACAGGACAAGUCGAAGCAACAAAAAUUAGAAUUAUUGUUCGCCAACGAUCCGACUGCCCGACACAACAUGCUGAACGAGCUGUUCCACCAGAACAGCGGCGUGGUGGCGGUCGAGCUGACCGACAGCGACGAGGAGAAGGACGUGAUGGGCGAGGGUCUCCGUAUGAAGCCCAUUUCCAAGAUUCGUAGCUCCAGUAUUCUGCACAGCGUGGAGGAUCUGUCGACGGACUCGACGUGUGUGUACAAGGCCGCCAGGACGUCGCUCAGGUCGUUGAAGUCGUCCGCGACGACGACGGGUCCGGAGCAACAGCAGCAGCAGCAACAGCCGCCGCCGUCGCCGCCGAACAGACUGCCGUCUUUGUCGCUGACAGCCUCGACAGACUCCAAGAUCACGUUCAUGCAGAGACUGACGCGCUACCUCGACUUAUCGCUGUUGAAAAAUCCGCAGUUCAUCAUGAUGUGCAUCUCUGUCAGCCUGAUGUCCACUGGUAGCCCGUACAUGCUGUACUACCUGCCAGCAUAUGUCCACGCCGCCGGCUACACGAAAUCGGAGGCCGGCUACCUGGUGGCCAUCUCCGCCGUUCUCGACCUGUGCGGUAGACUCGGCCUCGGCUGGCUCUCGGAUCUCAAGUUGUUCGAUCGGCGGAAAGGGUAUAUCGGCAGCGUGGUGGGUGCUGGCGUGGCGGUCCUGGCGAUCCCGAUGGCUCACUCCUUCUACGUGCUGGCGUGUUCCGUCGGCAUGUACGGAUUGUGCCUAGGCUGUUGGUUCCUCCUAGUUCCCGUCCUGCUCGCUGAUCAAUACGGCACCGACAAGAUAUCGUCCAGUUACGGUCUCGUGAGGAUGUUCCAGAGCUUCGGAGCAAUCUCUAUUCCGCCUCUCACAGGUUACCUCCGCGAUGUAACUGGAAGUUACAAUGUGUGUUUUCUGUGUAUGGGUACGUGUAUGGUCAUAGGAGGUUUACCUCUACUUUUGGUUUUCAACGAGAACCAAACGAAUCCAACAAAGCUGCCCGUGAACACCGAGAAUAACAAUCGUCAGGAUGACACUACCGUGAAAGGGUAAAUUAUUUUGAAAAAAAUGUGAUCGUUGACUAUAAAGUAAUUUAAUGUGUAAUAGGAAAAUAAAUAAAUCGUAAAAGUUGUCACAAAAAAAGAAA